AUGAAGACGGCGGUUUUCCUUUCGGCGGCCUCGUUGGCGGCUGCUUUCGUGGUCCCGGGCAACGACCAGCAGCUUCUCUCUGCACUGUCAAAGGAUGUCGCUGGUAUUGCUCCCGCCGCUGAGGAGGUGGUCCUGCCGCCGAGCCAGGAGUCACCAAAGGAACGACUUGGUCAUCAUCAUCAUCAUCAUCAUCAUGAAGGAGAUCUCGAAAAGGAGAAGGAAGGAUCUUUGGUUGAAUCUAUUGGAAAUGCCGCCUUGAAACUAAAAUGGCGUGGUGUUGCUGGGUUUGUCAAGGGGUUGGAGAGGGGUGCGAAGCAUUUUGAGGAGAUUGAUUUGGAGUGGUUGGAGAGGUUGGACGAGGGCGAGAUGAAAAAGGACAAGAAGAAGUAUGAUGGUAAGGGAAAGAAACAUCACAAGGAUCUUCAUAGUCUGGACGACUUCGACAUCCCGGGAGGCCACCAUGGCCAUCAUAGAGGCUUCUUCUCCAAGGCCAUCCAUCUAUUGAAGCAUAUGCUCGGCUUCGGAGCCCCAAAGUUCGAGAGUAGUCUUCACCAGGAAAACGCUACUAGCACUAUCUACGAACAAAUCUCUACAAACAAACACACCCGCAUCUUCACGCGUAUCAUCAACCAAUACGACGAAGUGGUGGAAUAUCUCAACUCAACCUCCGCCAACUACACCAUUUUUGUGCCCAUCGAUGCUGCGUUUAAGGGUAUCCACGACAAGCAUCACAACAUCAGCAAGGAAACUAUUCUGCACUGGCUUGAAUAUCACAUCUCGCCUGAAGUAUUUACUUUCCACGACUUUUUCAAUGUCCAGACUGUGCCAACCUUGAGCCACGAGAAGACCAAGGGCAAGUUCCCGCAGCGCAUUAGUACUUCUUUGACUAGGAAAGGAUUGACACUGAACUUUUACUCGCACGUCAUCCGUUCUGAUAUCUACGCCACAAACGGUAUAAUCCACGCAGUCGACAAACUCAUCAUUCCUCCUCUCUCCGCUAAAACCGCCAUCGAACUCGUUCCCUCUCUCUUCAGCACUUUGGACUUGGCCCUCGUCAAGACCGGUCUGAUCGACAAGCUUGACCCAUCAACCCUCAAGAUCAGUGGUACUAUCUUUGCGCCGACCAACCAAGCCUUUGCCAAGCUGCCGGCUAAAGUCAAUGCAUUCCUGUUCAGCCCUGUGGGUCAAAAGUACCUCAAGGCAUUGUUGAAGUACCAUGUCGUGCCUGGACACAUCGUCUUCACAGAUGCGCAUUAUAACGCCAAGUCCGAUGAUGGCGAAGAAAGUACCCUUAUUUCCAAGAAACAGUUCGACCUCCCAACAUACCUCAACAAGAAGCCCAUCGCAAUCGACAUUCGUAAUUUCCAUCGCCUAACACUCAUGACAGUUAACAACCACGCGCCCGUCUCCGUGCCCAACGUCCCCGUCAGGGAAGGCGUCAUUCAUUUGGUGUCGUCGAUUCUAAUUCCGCCUCAUAAGCAUAACCACACUGAUGCUGAUGUUCCUGCUACUCCAAUCAAUGAGCUCAGCAUCCGUGAACUAGUGGAGAGAUUGGAGGCGUAUGUUGAGUAA